UUGACAGAUAUGGUGGAGAAGUUGACAAAACACGUAUCUUGAAACAAAACGACUCAUCAAAUUUAGUGGCGACGUUUUUACUAGUAAUUUUCGCGGUGUAAUGUUAACGUAAAAACCAAGCAAAAAAUCAAAAUGAGACUGAUCGGGAUUUCGUUGUUUAGCAUCGCACUUACUGCCUCUGUGAUUGCGAACGCCUAUUAUCAAAAGAAACAGUUUUACCCUUCGGUUGUGUAUAUUACCAAAUCUAAUCCUAGUAUGGCUGUUAUGUACUGUCAAGCUUUUAUUUUGGUGUUUUUAAUGGGCAAAUUAAUGAGAAGAAUUUUCUUUGGGGAAUUGAGAACAUCAGAAUUUGAACAUUUAAUGGAAAGGUCUUGGUAUGCAAUAACAGAAACCUGUUUGGCAUUUACUGUGUUUCGUGACGAUUUUAAUCCAAAAUUUGUUGCUUUAUUUACUCUAUUAUUGUUUUUAAAAUCAUUCCAUUGGUUAGCAGAAGAUCGAGUGGAUUAUAUGGAACGUAGUCCUAUAAUCGGUUUGCUUUUCCACAUACGUGUUUUAUCGUUACUAUUUGUUUUGGGAGCCUUAGAUUUUUAUUUUAUUGAACAUGCUUAUUACUCAACAGUAACAAAAGGAGCAUCUGUUCAAUUGGUUUUUGGUUUUGAGUAUGCCAUAUUAAUGACAAUGGCUUUAAAUGUUGCCAUUAAAUAUGCACUAUAUUCCGUUGAUUUAAAUAGCGAAACCCCAUGGGAAAACAAGGCAGUUUUCCUUUUAUACACCGAACUGGUUAUGGGUUUUAUAAAAGUUAUUUUAUACUUAGCUUUUGUAAUAAUCAUGGUUCGCGUUUAUACUUUACCAUUAUUUGCGUUCAGACCAAUGUAUUACACAAUAAGAAACUUUAAAAAGGCUUUUAAUGAUGUCCGAUUAUCAAGAAGGGCUAUUCACAAUAUGAACACUCUUUAUCCAGACGCUACCCAAGAAGAAUUAUCUGCUGGCGAUAACGUUUGUAUAAUUUGUAGAGAAGAAAUGACCACUGGAUGUAAAAAAUUACCAUGCAAUCAUAUUUUUCACACUGCCUGCCUUCGUUCAUGGUUCCAAAGACAACAAACAUGUCCUACUUGCCGUUUAAAUAUCUUAGGGGCCUCUGCAAACGCUGAUAGACAAAGGCAAGGUCAAAAUGUACAACAGAAUCAACAAAACUUACAACAAAACGGUUUGCCUGGCGGAUUAAAUGGUUUCGCUUUUGGAGCAAAUGGAUUUUUGGCUCCAAAUGUUUUCAAUGUUUUUGCAAAUGUUAGAAAUCCACAACAACAACAACAAGGAAAUCAAGGAGCGCAGAACAAUAAUUUGCCAAAUAACGGAAAUAAUAACAACAAUCAAGUUCCCACGAAUACCCCGCCAACACCUGGGCCACCACCCCCAUUUCAAAUGCCACCUUUUCCAUUUAUGAACCCAUUCAUGACUCCUCCACCAAUUCCACCCCAAAAUUUGGCUUCAUUAACUAGGGAACAACUGCAACAACUAGAAGGGAAUGAAAGGGCUAAUGUUGAAGCUAGGAUACAGUGGCUUAGGAAUAUCAACGUUAUGUUAGAUGCAGCAGUAAUAAUGCUUCAACAAUACAGCGCAGCUGCAGCUGUCUCAAUGGCAGUUCCAAAUGUAACCACAACAACAGAACCUACAACUACUUCUGCAAGUUCGAAUAGCACGAUUCCACAGCAGCCAACAGCAUCAACAUCGUCUGAAGGUGAAAAUGCUGCUUCUUCUAUAGUAGAUUCAACGGCGACUGCAGCAGGUGACAGCAACAUUAGUAAAAGCGAUCCUAUUCCCGGAUCAUCAACAAGUGAUGCGGCGACAGCAGCAGAAGAAGAAAUACGCAGGAAAAGGCUGCAAAAAUUCGAACAGCAAACGAGUCAGGACUAAAAGAUGAACGAAAAUACGACAAAACAUUCAAAAAUGAAAAAUUUUUGACUGAACGGCCACUUUUUGGAAAAUUAAUUUAUGGUUUUACAUUAAACCUUAAAGUUUUGUUAUAGAUUUGUGUAUAAUUAAUAUAUAUUUUUUGAAAAAGUGUUUUGAUUUUAAAGCUACACUAAACAUUUAGGGUGAAAAGUGGUGAAGGAUCUAUUGUUUUUGAUAACUUAAAACCAUCUGUUAGUGGCUAUGUUAAAAUGAAAAAAAUAAAGAGGAAAGGAAACUUAAAAUCUUAAACACUAAAAGGCUGUUGUUUAGUUUAUAUAUAAAAUAUAAAUGUAUAUUAAUAAAAUGAACAAGAAAAGAAUUUA